AAAGUCACACAGGAAGAGGAGGCAGCCACUGCACGAGCCCCUGUAGUCUCAACCCUCCACUCAUUUACUGGGACUUUAAAGCUGUGGAUCUUUAUUUGGAUGACUGCGAGUCACCGUUUCUCCAGUUAAUCGUCUUUUUUUUUGUGGGGGUGGGGACGGAAAUGUUUUUCAACCUGUGGACGCUCUGCCUUUGUCUCUGCUUCUACUUGGCCGAGGCUCGCAUAUGGGCCUGGAUGCUCAACAUGCCUCACAGCCCUCCCAAAGCUGGAGGCAGGACCCUCAGGGAAAGCUCCCCUGCAGCCAAAGCCGCCGCGGCCGCGUGCGACCACGACCGGGCCUGUGGACGGGGUUUCUCCUGCGAUCGGCACUUUGGCCUCUGCGUCCCCCUGCGAGGGGAGGGCCUCUACUGCCGGAGGGACGCCCAGUGCGUCCGCGGACUCAGCUGCAUGUUCGGCAAGUGUCACCGCAGCAUCCCCAACGGACAAGAAGGUGCCAGGUGUAAAGUGGACAGGGACUGCGGGGCCUCCAUGUGCUGCGCGCGGCACCACGGCGAGCAGGUGUGCAAGACGCGUCUGGUCCGCGGCGAGAGCUGCUUCGUCCCCGACGGCGGCCUGGCCUUCAGCAUAAACCAGAUCUGCCCGUGCGACGAGGGGCUUCUGUGUCGAGAAAGGACAGCGUCACGCCGGAGAGAGACAGAUUUUGUUUACCAACCAGAACGAACAAGUUGGACGUGCCAAGUGCCCAAAUCUUGAGGCCAGCCUCCACAUUCAAGCUAUUUAUUAUGUAAAUAUGUUGCAUAUGAUUGUAUAUUUUGUAUGAAUCUCCAAAUAUGUUGUAAUGGUACAUUUUAUUAUUCGAGUCUCACAACAAAGACUUUUCUUUUUCAUGUUCAUUUUGUUUAUUUUGACAAAAGCACUACUGUUUGUAGCUCAACGCCAUGCAGCGUCUCCCUUGUGCAUUUAAGUGAUCUUUGAUUAUGUCUGUGAAUGUAUGUUCCCUUUUGAUUUAUGGAAAUAAAAUACCACUCCUAAGAAUAA